CCCGGAUGAACGUUUACUUAGCAUCCAGGCCAAAGAUGGCGGACAGACGUGGGUUCCAAUAAAUUUGUGUUUACUUGCACGCUUUUUCACGGUUAAAUGGAGGACAAACGGAUGUCUAUUCUUAUGAAAUAUGUUAGUGGAGAGAUAAGCUUUGCUGAGUGGAUUGAGGGUGGUGUGGGAGCAGGCGAUGCAGAGCAAGAUGACAACAGCAUGCAAGUUGAUAGAGACGAGGAGGAAGAAAUGCAAGCACAAAUGGUUGAGGCUAGCGAUUCUCAAGUAAGCCCUGCUGCCAGCCAAGACAAUAAUGAAUCUUCUGGGACGAUAACUGUUCUUGUAUCAGAUCCAAUUUUUGCUAGACUGGCAGAAAUAGGAAAUGUUGACUCAGCUGAAGCAGGGACCAGCAUUUCAGAAGAACAAUUCCCUACCACUGACAGUGAUCUAAAUAAUGAUAUGUCAAACAUAGAGCCAACAAAGAAAUCUCGAGCUCCUGUUAAAAUGACAGAUCUGUUAUUGCAACGUGCAGCUGCAAAAAGUGCAAAGAAACAUGGAGGCACAGGUGUUGAUGAAUUUAUGGAGGAGAUUCCAAUGCAAAAACAACGAAGGAUUGCACGACGAAAACUGUUUGAAUUACCACAAAGACUGAAGCAAACUAUGGGUCAAGCUAACAUUUUAUGGGCUAGAGGAGAAAUUGAACAAGCAAAGGGAAUAUGUAUGGAGUUAAUUCGCCAAGUUCCUAAGUGUUCAGAACCUUUCCAGACGUUAGGAAUGAUGUACGAGGAACAAGGGGACCAAGACAAGGCACUCCAGUUUUUCCUCAUCGCUGCUUACCUUAGCAAGUCAGGUGAUGUGGAAGAAUGGUUAAAGCUGGCAAUGAUGUCCCUUGAACAGAAUAACUUUGGGCAGGCUUUAACUUGUUAUAACCAAGCACUGAAGCUGGACCCAUCAAAUGUGAACAUUCUGUUGGAGAGAGCAGCCUUGUGUUAUCAGAUGGGAGAUCUUAAGAAAGCUCUGGAAUGUUAUGAAGCAGCUCUUAAGGCUGUGCCAGAGGAUGAUGGAGCUAAAUAUAUUGAUCUGUCUUGUGAGAUGGCAAAGUUGUAUCAUGAAAACAAUGCAUUGGAGGAAGUUAUUAAAUUAUUACAAGCUGCGUUUUCUAAAUAUCCAAGCGAUGUUAACAACCAAGCUGUUAAUAUGCUUGCUGAUCUCCAUAUGACAUCCAAGGCUUAUGAACCUGCAUUAGAGAUGAUUUCAAAAUAUUGUGAUAUUAAGAAGGAAACGAUAGAAGAAUUUCCUGGGGAAUCGCCUUUAACAUCGUUCACGCAACUACAGAGUCUAGGUCAGGAGACAAACACAGCCACUUCUCCUCAGGAAGGCAGUGUUGAAACUACAGUCAAGUGGAUUGUACCUGAAGACCUUCCGAUUGAUCUUCGUGUUAAAAUUGCCGUGUGCCUUAUUCAUGUUAGGCAGUUACACUCAGUUAAGGAAAUUCUUGCUCCACUUUUCUUGGAGUCAGUGGAGGCAGUUGGCGACUUGUAUAUUGAUGUUGGUGAAGCUUAUGCAGAGAAUGGUGACUGGGAACAGGCUUUGCCAAUCUUUGAUAUGCUUGUUAAAACGGAAAAGUACUGCAUGGCUGCUGCAGUAUGGCUAAAGAAGGGGGAAUGUCUGAACUCGCUCGGCAGACUAGAAGAAGCUGCAUCAGCAUACGCACGAGUGGUCAACUUAGCUCCAAAUCAUCUGGAUGCACGACUUUUCCUGGCUUCUCUUCAUCAACAGCUUGGGAGACCUAACCAGGCUCUGGAUGUGUUAUCCGAUCCCAGAGGUAUAGAGGGCGCUGUCGAUUCCACCGAGGAAGAAGUUGCCAUGGAUACAAGCUCCGUGCAAUCAGAGGGGUCUGAAAGGGAGUCCGCGGUACAGCCACAGGAUUUUCGACUACUCUUCCACAAAUGUGCGUUGUUGCACUCACAGAAUCGCAUCGAUGAAUUUCUCGAAGCUGGAAUUGAGAUGUUCAGGCUGUUUUUUAUUGAUGUGUAUUACGUUAAAGAUCUGGCAGACAUAGCCCUGAAAUCAACUAGAUUCAAAAAAGAAAUGAAACAAAAAGAAGCCUCGGAGCAGGAAGACCCACGCUCAAGAGCAAGUAUCGCCGCGGCCAGCAGUAGUGGUGAUACUGGUCUUAGAAUCGAGGAAUGGUGGGAGAUGUUUAAAAAUGUUGUGACAAACCUAAGUCGUAUAAAGCGUCAUUCUGAAGCCCAACACUUGAUGUUGUGUGCGCUCUCUUCAGACCGCUUUUCUGACUCCUACCAGACAGAACUUGUUUUCAUGAGUAUUGUGGCAAUGUAUCUUAACAGAGAGUAUAAAAUAGCCUUCGACGCCACGAAAAUACUCAUCGCAAGAGACAGACAAAACCCGGUCUUGUGGAAUAUGUUGUCCAGAAUAACCGCCAAGUCAGGCGAUUCAAGACAUACGAGAUACAUUUUACGACUCCUGAUUAAACAUCCGGAUGAGUUCCCAUUAGUGAUGUACAGCGGUCACAAUGCUCUCGUCAGUGGUAGCUACAGAUUUGCAAUAGGUGAAUACGUUCGAGCGUUCCGCCAAAAACCAGACGAUCCUUUUAUCACACUAUGUUUAGGCCUGCAGUACAUCCACUUAGCUUGUCAGCGGUUUCCUCGGAAGAGGCAUUCAUGUGUUGUACAAGGAAUCGUCUUUUUAUUUCAAUAUCUUGGUUUACGUGGUGAAUGCCAGGAGGCAUUUUAUAACAUUGGACGCGCCUUCCAUCAAUUGGGGCUCCUUCAAUUCGCCAUUCACUAUUAUAACAAAGCGUUAGAACUUCCUUUACACGAGGCUUCAAAAACUGGCGGAGAAAAAACUGCCAAGUUUUCAGAGAAGCACGAUCUUCACAGGGAGGCAGCUUUCAACUUAUCUUUAAUUUACCGAGCAAGUGGAAACGAAGUCGUGGCUAAAGAACUUUUGCUUAAGCACUGUUGGAUAUGACACGUUGUUCAUGCGUUUUCACCGUAUCAGCAGUAAAUACUGAAGCAAGUAGAGUAGUACUGUACCUGUUGUAUAUAUUGUACAUGGCUCAUAAAAAUUAUGUAUUAUUUAUAAUAAUAAAGUCUAUUUAGUUUACGGUGUUUGUUUCUCACUGUUUUC